CAUUCGCAGCUAGAGUUAACUGUAGGCAGGAAUCCCCUGUAGGCAGCACCAGCAGAGGGCCGCCCCAUACUGAGGCUGAGCAACUCCAUUACAAUUAGAUUUCAUGUUCAACGGCUCUUGCUGUAAAGGAGGAGGGAGGAUUCCCUGCCUGAUUCCCACCCAAUUUACGAAGGAAUGGUAACAUGGCCUCGGAGAGCAGCACCCCAGUCACCCAGCAGAUAGGCAGGAACAUGGAGGGCGGCAGCGCCGAGCUGUGCACCUCUCUGUACCACCCGGACCUGGAGCUAGCUGCAGGCUGCCUGCUGAGGGACAGAAGCGGCAGGAGCUUCCAGUUUGGGGACUUAUACAGAGACAGUAAGGCGAUCAUAGUUUUUGUGAGGAAUUUCCUCUGUUACACGUGUAAAGAAUAUGUGGAAGAUUUGGCCAAGAUUCCAAAAAGUUUUCUGGAGAAAGCAGAUGUCAGACUUAUUGUCAUUGGGCAGUCAUCAUAUCUACAUAUACAGCAAUUUUGCUCAUUAACAGGAUAUCCUCAUGAAAUGUAUGUUAAUACUGACCGAGAUAUCUAUACCAAGUUAGGGAUGAAAAAAGGGGAAACCUCUACCUCCUCAGCAGGAAGCCCCCAUGUGAAAUCAAACUUCAUAAGUGGAAGCAUUAAAAGCAUUUGGAGAGCAAUAAAAAGUCCAGCAUUUGAUUUUCAAGGCGAUCCAGCACAACAGGGUGGAUCUGUAAUAGUAGGCCCAGGUAACAGAGUCCAUUUUCUGCAUCGUGACAUGAACAGAUAUAACCAUGUGCCAAUUAGUUCCCUGCUUCGUUAUGCCGGAGUACAGACAAUCUAUUUUGGUAAUAAGCCCCAAAUACUAGAAGUGUAAUGUAAUAUGCAGGUGCAAACCCAGUUUCACAGAUACAAACCAUAUUUUUCUAAAAAUGUUUUUACAAGACAUAUAUUUAUAUGUUUAUUAUUGAAAUGAUUUAUGUAUACAUUAUUUUAUUUAUACUUUUGUACAUUUGAUUGUUUUAGAGUGAAUGAAAUGAUAUGUAACACAAUAUGUAAUAAAUGCGUAUUUUAUACUAAUAGUGGCCCACAUAUAGGGGGUAAUUCCAAGUUGAUCGCAGCAGGAAUUUUUUUUAGCAGUUGGGCAAAACCAUGUGCACUGCAGGGGAGGCAGAUAUAACGUGCAGAAAGAGUUAGAUUUGGGUGUGGUGUGUUCAAUCUGCAAUCUAAUUUGCAUUGUAAAAAUAAAGCAGCCAGUAUUUACCCUGCACAGAAAUAAAAUAACCCACCCAAAUUUAACUCUCUCUGCACAUGUUAUAUCUGCCUUCCCUGCAGUGCACAUGGUUUUGCCCAACUGCUAAAAAAUUUCCUGCUGCGAUCAACUUGGAAUUACCCCCAUAGUCUGAUCUAGCCACAUGCACCAACUUCCGAGUUACUAUGUUACCAUCAGCUUUGGUCAGACACCUACAUGGGGCCUAAUCUAAAAUAUGGAUGGUCAAUGCCAGUUUGGCCUAAGUAGUUGUUAAAUUGGUAGCAUAUAUAACGUGAGAGUUUGAUACAGUGGCUGUAAAAAAUAAUUACCAUCAUGGUAUUUUUAUCCCCUUAUUUCUUUACAUGGCUUUAUUUGAUACCACAGAGGAACAAACAAUAUUCUGUAAUGCUAAAUAAAAAGAAGACUGUGAAGCUUCUAAAUAAACAGCUAAAGUUUAA